AUGAGCGGGCGCAAGCGAAGGGCGUCGACAUCGAGUGUCGAGACCGUAGAUGGUGACAAGAUCCGCUGGCUGCAAGAGUCUUCGGUCGUCAGAUCGCAACCGAAGGACGUCCACAAGGAUUUAUAUCCUUGCCUUGAGCUUCGAAACGCCACCGUAUAUGAUAGGAAAGGCGAAGUUCUCGAGAAUGCCCUCGAUGUCGCUGUGAGGGGCCCGUAUAUCGUACGAGGCUACCUCAUCAUGGAGGAUGCUUCUGAGAGAAGACAUCUCAUCAUGAGAGUUCGAUCAUCCACGCCCAUAGAGAUUCGCCAUUGCAUUGCUUAUUCGAUCGGAGAAGCGCCAGGAGCGCGCCCCCUCGUCUGGGCGCUGGGCCGAGGAGCUUGGUACGAGAUUAGUCCUUCAGAAGCCUAUCGCCCGAUAUUCAAUAAGAUGUGCGAGGCCACGACAAUGUAUUACAAUUUGGUGGAUAUAUAUAAUUCAAAACGACUAAACGAAAUUCCGGAAGCAUCAGGUUCGAGCCUUCUAGAAGCUCUUCACGAUGACUUUCUACAGUAUGCCAUGAAAAUUGGCGACGGGGCAACAUUCAAUGAGGUCUUGGAGCGGUGUGCUGAGCACGCCAUUUUCCUAGUUUGCCAGUUCACGCAAGAGUCUCUCGACCUUAUCGACUGGAAACAAACCCUAUUCUAUAAAUGGUUCACAACUGAGCAUGCCGAUGUGGUACAUAAAACUAUCGUAGCACUCAAAAACCCUCGAAAGGCGCGCAGUCCUUCACCACGUGAAAGAGCGAGCCCAGCACCAAGUAACAGGUCGUCAAGUCGCAUCGCCAGGAGCAUCAGCAUGGAGAAAGUCGACUCUGAUCAAAUUCAACUGUCAAAGCGAUCGAAACCAGCCUCAAAUGUAGAUGUGGCUACCCCUAGUACCACUGCCCAGCAGCCAGGAAUGCCUAUUCAAUCUGCUGAUGUUACCAUGAGCACUGCAGACGAAGAUGAAUCUCCCUUUGCCUCUGUCCUCUCCGCAAUAGAGGAGAUAUACGAAAAGCGAGCUGGGGCAAAGCGAGGAAUCUCUGGAAUGACUGCUCUUAAUCUCCUCUACUUUGAUUACAAGUUCCCCAAUUACAAAGACGGUUCCGUGGGUUCCCACAAAGUACCUGUUGAGGAAGUUCUGCAUUACAAUGCUUCUGCUUUGUUGCAGAAACUAGACAAGGACAAAUUCCAAAAGUUUCAGCUUUGGUCGUACCUAGAGGAGUUGGCGCAGAAGCCGUUCAACCCACGCUCUAUAAAACCAUCCGACUUCCCUUACCGCUUGGUGCCACGCAAAGCAACUCAGCGUUCGGCAAAGAAGCCAGUGCCAUCUGCUGUUGAGACAGACUCCUCUCCGCGUGAAAACGGCGACUCUCCCCGUCCCAUCGGCAAGACCUUGAAACGGCCUGGCCGGAGACCAGGCAAGACAUCUAGCUUACGAACGGUGGCUUCCUCCAAGAAACGAAUCUUUGCUGAGAUUGGAGAUGAUAGCGAGCCAGACUCCGAAUCGUCAGGCUUGAAACGAUCACAUUACUUCUCUGACAGAGAGGAAGAGGAAGAGGAGGAUGUUUCUAUGCAGGAUUCAACUGGAGCGAACACCCCUAGGGACGCUGGUCAAACUGUUCAUGUACGAACUGAAGAAUUAGAGCCGAUCCAGAUUGUGAUUCGAACGGAGAAGAUUCCCUCCACCAUUCCUCGAGGACCCGAUGACGCCUGGACCUGCGACCAGGACGGCUGCACCUACGUUGUAAGAGGCGGUGAUGCUGACGGGUGCCAAGCACGGAUCCAAAAACACUUUGAAGAGCACCAGGAGCAAACCAAGAGGCUCAAUCUGGCAGUCACUGAAAGCUCUCGCGGCCACAUGCCAAUCAAUCAUUUACUCGAGAAACUCAAACGGAUGGGCGAAAAAACUCAACCGCCUGUCAUACCGGUCGGGACGAUGCCGCAACCAAUCAAGAGGAAACUGAUAGCAUGA